AUGAAUGACUGCCGCAUCUCUCGCUGCAGAUUGCGGGUUAAACCAGGGGCCACGUGUCGUCUCCGUGUCGCAAAAUUUAUACGAAUUACGUUUCUCAUCUAUUUCGUAGCCUUCGUCCGUUUCGCUGACGGCCUCGUCGACUGCCAUAACCUAACCAAUCCAACCGUCACAGGUGAAUCGUCAAACCUCCUCUCGAACCCAAGCUUCGAUACAAGCUGUCUCGAUACAGGAUGGCGUCGCAAGAAGCUGAACGCCACGUGCGAUCCAUGGGCGUCCUUAUUUCCGUGGCGCGCGUUAGAGCCUGGGGAAGCAUUCUUAAGCGACGAGGUCUUAGCCACCGCAUCUGGCGGCGCCGGAAACCGCGGAACGACUUUUGUGUCGACUCAAAAGGCAUCUGGCGGCGGCGGAAAUCGCGGAAAUCGCGGAAACCGCGGAAACCGCAGACCAUUUCUUGCACGAGCGGGUGCGACACUGGCGGAAGCGGUCGCGACAGCAAGAGGGGCGGCGUCGCCUGCUGACGUGUCAAUAGCGAACGGGGUCACGGGAGUCGCGGACACCCUACUGGCAGCUGAUGGGUCCCGCUUUUUACGGCUGACUUCCGCUUUUCCCGCGCCGUCUAGUGGCGACAACGCUACUGGUAGCAGCAAUGGUAGUCAAAAUAGCAGUAGCGGCGCGUUUGGCGGCCCAGGCGUGGCGCAAGCGCUGUGCGAACUCAAACCCGCGGCACCGACCAGCAAUGACUCGCAGCAGGCGCAGCAGCAGCAGUCCCCGCGCCAGCUGUCCCUCUCGUUCUUUGCGCGCGCCAGCCUGUGCGCGGAGGGGGGAGGGGGCGCGGAAGGGGAGGCGGAGCGGCUGCUGAAGGUGGUGCUGCUCGCAGUUCCGCUGAAUGCUUCCGCCGCCGCCGCGGUAGGGGGAGGGGCAGGGGAAGGAGGAGCGGGGGAGCAGGUGUGGGGGGAGUGGCGGCAGCAGCAGCAGCAGCAGCAGCAGCAGCAGCAGCAGCAGCAGCAGCAGCAGCAGCAGCAGCAGCAGCAGCAGCAGCAGCAGCAGCAGCAGCAGCAGCAGCAGCAGCAGCAGCAGCAGCAGCAGCAGCAGCAGCAGCAGCAGCAGCAGCAGCAGCAGCAGCAGCAGCAGCAGCAGCAGCAGCAGCAGCAGCAGCAGCAGCAGCAGCAGCAGCAGCACUGCCACCGUCGCCACCUCCAACCACGGGUCUGGGGACCACGACGGUUCCGGAGCUCUGGGCUGAAGAGAGCAGCAGGAGCAGGGGCAGCAGCAGCAGCAGUAGUAGCAGCAGCGGCAGCAGCAGUGCCAGCAGCAGCGCCCGCAGUGCAAGCUGCUGGUGCGGAGACUGUAUCUCACACUGCGGCAGCGGCAGCAGCAGCGGAGGGUGUGGGGGAAUCACCGGUUGCAGCAGCGCGGACAGUGCAAGCAGCUGGUGGGCGUUUGUUGCACACAUGCUGCUCAACGUCCAAGUUUCAACCUCCGACUCAUGUGCUCUGUUCAUCGAUUCCUCAUUUCACGUCUGCGCCCACUCUUCCUCCCCCUUCCACUCCCCAUCACUGCCACCGCCCUGCAGCCGACCCCUCCCCUCUCAAGUCUUUCUUCCACUCCCUCCCGCCCUCCCCUCCCCUCGUUUCCCCCCCCACGCCAUCCCCACUUCCCUGCCCUGCAGCCGACCCCUCCCCUCUCAAGUCCUUCUCCCACUGGCCGCUCUCCAGCUCCCACCCGCUCCUCACAGCCGGCUCAACCCGUCGCAACCGCUCCUCCCUCUCCCUCACCACCCUCUCCGACCGCCACGCUGCCGCCCUCGCGCUGCACCCCGCCCCCUUCGCCCUGCUCGCCCCUGCCACGCCCUCCUCCCCCUGCCGCCCCUUCUCCUUCUCCACCUCCUUCACCUUCCGCAUCUCCUCCCCCAACGCCGCCGGGCUGGGCGGCGAGGGCUUGGCGUUUGUGAUGCUGCCAUCUCCUACCCUUGGCUUGCCGGGGCCCUCCCUGGGGUACGGCAGCCUGCUGCUGCCCCCGGGGAGCACGACCGGUGCUGAUGACUCACAGCAGCACAGGAGCCUGGCAGUGGAAUUCGACACAUCCUCUUCUCCUGAUUUUUUCGACCGCCCCGACCACCACGUGGGGGUGAACCUGCACGGCAGCAUGCUCUCUCUCGCCUCUGCCCCCGUGCACCCCCUCGGCAUUCCCUCCCUCAACGCCGGCCAGACCCUCCUCGCCACCAUCCAGUACAACGCCUCCUCCUCCCACCUCACCGUCUGGCUCUCCCCUGCCCCCUCCUCCUCCCCUCCCCCCCCCACCCCUCGCUCCUCCUGUCGCUUUCCUUGCUUCCCUGGUUUCCCCCGGUUCUCUCGCUCUCCCUCCCCCUCCUCCUCCUUUCGUUCCUCUUCCUCCUCCUCCCCCUCCGCCCCCCCUCUCCCGCGCUCGGCCGUGCUGACCACAUUCGUGGACACCUGCGAGUGGCUGGGGGGGAACGACCCGGAGGCAGCAGCGCCCCCCCCGCCGCUGUUUGUGGGAUUCACAGCGGCCACGGGCAAGGGGGCGGAGCAGGCUCAGGCGCACGAGGUGCUGGGGUGGACUUUCCAAGUGGGGGAGGGUGAGUUGUUUGGAGGAGUACAGCUCCUUGACGUGAUUUCCCCCGAACCCCCCACACCCCUCACCUUUUUCACCCCCCGUCUCCCACCCACCCCACCCUCCCCAUCCCCCCCUUCCCUCUGUAUCACACCAACCCCAGCAGCGGAGGAUCCGCUUCCGUUUUGGGCGGCAGACUCGUUCUCCUUCCCCUACAUCACGCCAGCCACUCCCCUGCUGACACGUGGCAGCACACGGAAGCGUUUCUUCGCUGCCGAUCUCUCCGUCGCUGCUGACGUGGCAUCAUCCACCGGCCAAUCAGACGAUCCCGCCCCUGGAGCCCUCUUUUUCCCUCGCCGUCUCCCCCUCCUCUACUCCUCCUCCUCCCCUCCCUUCCCUCCUCCUCCCUUUGCUCACACUGACUUCUGCAACCACUCUCCCGUGCUCCCCUGUGGCAUGGGCACAUGCUCUAAGGCGCCUUCCUGGUGGGACGCCUCUGUCUUGCUGCCCUCCUGCAAGUGCGCCUUGAAGCUCCCCUCCUUCGAGCCCACUCACCUCACUGGCCUGCCCUCCUGCUUCCCUGAGGCCUACACGUGUCGCCAGCUCUCCAGCAACCCAUGCGCCCCAGGGGUGUGUAUAGAUGGUGUGGAUGGCACCUACUCCUGCCUCUGCCCCUCGCCCUACUUCCCCUUCGCCUUUUCUCCCAAGGGCACUGCCAGUUGCUCCCUGGGUAAGUAA